AUGAAAUCUCAGCUUGACUUUGAUUGCCUUGAUUGCCAGAUCCACACAGAUUCGGACGAGGGCGAGGGGAACAUCAAGUACACCAUCUCCGGGGAAGGGGCGGGCACGAUCUUCAUCAUUGACGAGCUGACGGGCGACAUCCACGCCACCGAGCGAUUAGACCGCGAGGAGCAGAGCUACUACACCCUCAGAGCUCAGGCCCGGGACCGGCUCACCAACCACCUGCUGGAAUCCGAGUCAGAGUUUGUCAUCAAAGUCCAGGAUAUCAACGACAGUGAACCCAAGUUCCUGGAAGGGCCCUAUAUCGGGAGUGUGGGAGAGCUUUCACAAAUAGGAACGUCGGUGAUGAAGGUCACUGCGUCGGAUGCAGAUGAUCCUACAUACGGGAGUAGUGCCAGGGUUGUGUACAGCGUGCUGGAUGGAGAGAGGUUCUUCACAGUGGACAGACAGACGGGACUGAUUCGGACGGCCGUGGCAGAUCUGGACCGGGAGAAGCAGGAUCGCUACGAGCUGGUCGUCAAGGCAACCGACAUGGCAGGCCAAAUGGGCGGUCUCUCCGGCUCCACCACAGUGACCAUAGUUAUCACAGAUGUUAAUGACAACCCACCACGCUUUCCGCAGAAGAUGUACCAGUUUUCGAUGUCUGAGGGGGCAGCCGUGGGGACGCCGGUGGGGAGGGUGAUCGCCACGGACGCAGACAUGGGGGAGAACACAGACAUGAGCUACCUGAUCAAAGAUGAGGAGGGCGGGGAACUCUUCAAGGUCACCACCGACAGUGACACGCAAGAGGCCAUCAUCACCAUCAAAAAGGCAUUGGACUUUGAGAGCAAGCGCACACACAACGUGGUGGUGGAGGCUGUCAACAAGCACGUAGACCCCCGCUUUUCGGAGCUGGGUUCUUUUCGGGACCAGACCAUCGUGCGGGUCAGUGUAAACGACAUUGAUGAGCCGCCGGUCUUCCACCCUGCUGAGGGAACCAUCUUGGAGGUCCAGGAGGAUGCUAGGCUAGGGGCGCUGGUGGGCACUGUGACUGCCAAGGACCCGGACAUGGAGAACGCACCUGUCAGGUACUCCAUUGACCGGAGUACGGACCAGGAGCAGAUCUUCCACAUUGAUCCAGUGUCGGGUGCCAUCACGCUGGGCAAUAUUCUGGACCGAGAGACGGCUGGCUGGCACAACAUUACUGUGAUGGCAGUGGAAGCAGAUAAUGUAUCCCAGAUAUCCCAUUCGUCAGUGAGCAUUCGUAUCCUGGAUGUGAAUGAUAACCCUCCUGAACUGGCCACGCCCUAUGAGGCAUCUAUCUGUGAGGAUGCCAAGCCGGGUCAGCUCAUUCACUCUAUCAGCGUGGUGGAUAGGGACGAGCCGCAGUUGGGCCACCGCUACUACUUCACCCUGGCACCGGAGGCCACCAACAACCGCCACUUCACCCUGUGGGAUGUCAAAGACAAUACUGCGGGAAUCCGGACACAGCGCUCAGGCUUCAACCGCCACGAGCAGAACGUCUACCUUCUGCCUAUCCUGGUAGUGGAUAGCGGGCCUCCCGCCCUGAGCUCCACGGGCACCCUGACCAUCCACGUGUGUGGCUGUGACCCGGAGGGCACCAUCCAGUCCUGCAAUGCCACCGCCUACGCCAUUAGCACCUCACUCAGUCCCGGGGCCCUCAUAGCCCUACUGGUCUGCAUGCUCAUACUCAUAGUCCUGGUGCUGCUAAUCCUGACCCUGAAGCGCCACCGCAAGGGCCAGAGCAUGUCGGAGGAUGAGGAGGACAUGCGCGACAAUGUCAUCAAGUACAACGACGAGGGUGGCGGCGAGCAGGACACGCAGGCCUACGACAUGAGUACCCUGCGCAAUCUCUUUGACUUUCCAGAGGCCAAGAGUGGCUCGUCCGAGUCAGGCCCUGACCUACGCACGCUGCCCCAGUGGAUUCAGGGGCGGAUGAGUGGUGACGGCGGGGCGGCCGACUUCUCCCUCUUCAAGGGCUACAUCCGCAAGAAGGUGGAGCAGACAGAUGGCGACUUGUCGGUGCCGCCGUACGACUCAUUCCAGACGUACGCCUUCGAGGGAAACAGCUCGCCGGCCCUCUCUCUCAGCUCCAUCCACACCCUGUCCACCACAUCCGAGCAGGAUUUCUCCUACCUCAGCGACUGGGGGCCGCGCUUCAGGCAACUGGCGGGAUACUAUGCCCCGGGACAUCCUGAGGAAGACGGCUCCUAGCGGUGUCCUCGGCCCAGACCCUUUCUCCUUUUCCAUCCCCAGCACUGUAUCAAGAGCCCAGUGUCAAAACUGUCCUAAAAAGCACUCCUCCAACUCCUUCAGAGCAACAGAACUGAAUCCCAGUCAGUGUGAGUCGGAAAUCAAUUUGGUCAACAACAAAAAAUAUUUUUUCGAAACUUCAAGUUUGACUUUUUCAAAGAGAAACAUUGAGUUUUCAAACGGUUUGAAACUUCAUGGUGAAAGGUGGGCUGAUUAAAUGAGGGAUUAAAGGAGGUGUUAUCCAUUCACUAUUCCCUUUACAGUAAGGAACAAAGGAGUAUGACGUAAUACAAUAUAAGUGGUGCGCCACAGGUUACAAUACAAUUACAUUUUACAUUUGUUUCUGGGUAUUUUCUGUCUGGAGUCAAAGACUGGUCCAUUUUUAGCUUUGUGAAUGUGGAGGCUCUGAGGACAUUCAGAGAAAUGAACGUUAUGAAACUCAGCAGGGGGUUAAUAUGUAUAUGUGAUAAAUAUGUAUUUAUUUAUGAACAAAUAUUGAUUUAUUUAUUCCUUUUGUAUUUAUGUAUUUAUUUUGUCCAUAAUCACCGCACCACUUGUAUCAAUGGACAUCCAUGAAGGAUGAUACAGAAAUAUUUAUUAUGGUGAAAAAAACUUGAGGAGAGAAGAGCUUCUGUAUAAGCACGUAGCAGAGGACUUCACAAAGGUGAUAUUUGGGUCACAAACAACUACAGUCUUGGAAAUAUUUGUAUUUAUUUUUUAGGAACACUUUUGUAAAAUAAACGACAAGACUGGAAGACGGAGCGCGACUAAAAAGAAAAGGGUCAGAGAACAAAGGAUGAGUCAAUUCAGUGCAAAGAUUGGUUUUGGUUUGAUAUGCUUUCACGUUAUUGUAAAGAUUUCUAAGGUGUUAUGAAGGAUGUGGAACAUUAUGUGUUAACUGGGUUUUUGCUUUGCUUUUUCACUGCCAUUUAAAAGGCAAUAAGGCACAAUCCGCACAAGUGAUUCAAGACUAUACUGUAUGAAAUGACUGUGUUUUUUUCAUGGAGUUGGGUAUUUGUUCAUUCCAGAAUUUGUAUGUGUGUCCAACUUGUUUUAUAUUCCAGAAGAUUUGAUUACUUUUGUUCUUUUGAGUCUAUUUCACAGGGUGGAUGAAUAUGUGGGGUGACAGGUACAGAAAUAAGGGAUGAGUAGAUGAAAUUCCUCCACCCAGUAUCCAGAACCUAUUUAAUGUUGAUCUUAAACUUGCAAAUG